GCUCGAAUUGGCAAAUUUUCAAUUCUUUAUUUAUAUCAUCAACUCCUAUACUAAAUACCAUAAGCCAUAGCAAGAGAAGUCAAAAUUUUACUUUUGCCCUCUGUAUCUAAAAACCAAGAAGAUCAAAAAGUCUUGUGUCCACUUUGUCCUUUUCAACAACACACAAAAUUUUUGUUUCUUUAUCUGUAUAUUCAUCGAUUUCCUCAACAGGGUCAACCUCAUAUUCAUCGAGAUGCUGAAAUUCAAGACCAUUAGAAAGAAAAUGUGGAUGUUUUCUUGCUAAUUUGUCUUCCCAAUAAUUUGAUUAAAAGUUCACAUUUAAAUCUUCUAGUUUACCUCUUCUAUGGCAGUUAUGUCCAAAACUAUCACAACUACCACUCUCUCUGCUGCCAACAUUUGCUCAUGUUUCACAUUUUUCAAGAUUGCCCCUCGAAUGAUCUCUUUCUGGUUUGCUCCUACAGGUCGUCCUCCUGGAGCUUGACCCUUUAUUGUUUUUUCAAUUUCCUCAUAGUACUGUCAAUUUGUUCUUGAAUCUUAGUAACUAAAUAUCUUUGCUUUAAUAACUUAUGGUUUGUUUUGAGUCUUGUUUAAUUGUGAUAUACCAACAAUAUACAAGAAAGACGUAAAGGUAAUAUAUUUGUGUGCAUAAGUUUGUUAGAAUGAACUGUCAGAUUUCUGGGAAUUUAGGUGAGUUUUGUGAGAAUGAGGCAAAAGGGGUUCCACAAAGUUUGGUGUUGGAUAGUGAGAAAGGUGAAUUGGUGAAGGCUAGUGGAAGAGUGGAAAAAAAAGUUGGAAAAUCAGAGGGGAAAACUAUUGCUGCAUUGAAGAGCCAUAGCGAGGCAGAAAGACGAAGAAGGCAGAGGAUCAAUGCUCAUUUGACCACACUUCGCAAUCUUGUGCCAUCCUCUAACAAAAUGGACAAAGCAGCAUUGCUAGCUGAAGUAGUAUGCCAAGUGAAACAAUUGAAGGAAAGUGCAAGUCAUGUUAGUGAAAGUUUCUUCAUUCCAUUGGACUCUGAUGACAUAAGAGUUGAAACAAUUGCUGAAAAUGCAGAUGGAACAUGUUGUUAUAGGGCAUCCAUUUGUUGUGAAUACAGGCCUGAUCUGUUGUCAGAUUUAAGACAAGUUAUCAAUUCCCUUCAUUUGAAUUUGGUUAAGUCAGAAAUAUCAACGUUAGGAAGUCGAGUUAAGAACGAAUUUGUCUUCACGAAUAUGAUCGAAGGAGGACAUGUUAAUAUUGAACAUGGGGAAAUUCUCUUAUCCUCUGUUCGACAGGCAUUUAGUUCUGUCCUGGAUAAAGUUUCUGCAUUUCCGGAAUACUCAACCUAUCCAAACAAGAGGCAACGUAUUUCCUGCUUCGAUUCUUCAAGCUUAUUCUGAUCACGGUUAUCGCCACUUUAAUAUCAUUCAACAGCUUGUAUAUUGUCUGGUAUGACGUUUUUCAUAUUCUGUGUUAUCAAAUAACGGUUCAUAUGCGUUGGAACUUAAUGUUAUGAGCUACAUCAGUGGCCUGACUCUAUAUGUAAAUAGAUUGUUGUUACUAUGUCUUUGUGCUUGCAUGAAAUGUGGAUUUCUUAUAAGGAGGGAUAUUGUGAAUGAUGAAUGAGGUGAUGUAGUAUA